AGCUGGAGGCACCCUGGUUGGGAGACAGAGCUGUAUGUGAUAGUAUGAUGAGCAGAAGAAUAGGGUCCCCUGAUUCUGCCCCCCACUGUUAGUGCCCAGGUCCCAGCUGUAUGAGGGGACCCCCUAAUCUUUUCUGUCCUCGUGUCCUGUAUAUGAUCUGUAAAUGAUAUAUCUGUCCCCUCCAUCCUCUGAGGGGUCUCUGCCCCCACUGGGGGUCCAGGCUGUGUCCCGGUGUGUCCCCUCAGUCUGGAGGGUAUAUACAUUGUGUAGUGGUGAUAUAUAUGGGUGGGCUCUGAGCAGCCUCCCCCGGCCCACGCCCUGUCUGAGAUCUCCAUACAGGAGGCGGCUCUAGGACCGCGGGGCUGCGCUCCUCUCCUUUGUCUUCCAGCUGAUCCAGCGCCGGCUCCGCUCCCAGCUGCUCUCUAUAUAUCCUCUCCUGCACAGAGACCCCCGGCUGUCAUGCGCGGCUACAGGUUCGUCCUCCUCUUCUUCCUCCUGACAGAUGUUCCAGGAAUCCUCAGUGUCGGGGUCAGUGAGGUCCGAAGUUGUGUAGAUGCCGCCCGGGAGCUUAGAGAGAGGGGCCUGAGUGACAUCCCAGAGGUCCGGACCCCAAUAUCUGGGGAACACCUUCGCAUAUGCCCCCAGGAGUACACGUGCUGUCCCAGCGAGACCGAGCAGCGGCUGAGUGAGGAGAGCGUCAGAGAUUUAGCCCGAAUAGUCAAUGAGACCGUCAGCUAUCCCACUGGAGUAUUAACCAAGGCAAGAAAGAAGUUCCAAGAAUUUUUUCUCGCCCUUCUUGACUCUUCAGAGAACUCUCUGGCUGCCAUGUUUGCGCUCUCCUAUGGACAUCUGUACUCCCAGAAUGCUGCUCUCUUCAGCACUCUCUUCUCUGAGCUGCGAGCCUACUACAUGGGAGGAGGAGCAGCCCGGCUGGCUGAGGCGCUCUCUGAGUUUUGGGCUGCGCUUUUGGAGCGUACACUCCGGCUGCUGCUUCCUCAUUAUGAGCUGAGUGCAGACUAUAUGGAGUGCGCAGCUCGUAGAGCGGAGGAGCUAAGGCCCUUCGGAGACAUCCCACGGAAGCUUCGCAUACAGGUCACAAGAGCAUUAGGAGCAGCCAGAACACUGGUCCAAGGACUGGCAACAGCGAGUGACAUCGUCAGCAGAGCAACCAAGACAGUGCCCCCUCCUGACUGUCUCCGGGCUGCAAUGCGGAUGUGGUAUUGUCCAUUGUGCCGAGGUCACACUGGCCUGCUGCCUUGUCACGGCUUAUGCCUUAAUGUCAUGAAGGGCUGCCUUGCCCACCAGGCAGAUAUGGAUGGUGACUGGAAUAGUUUGAUAGAUGGGCUGCAGGAAGUAGCUGAGCGUCUGACCGGACCGUUCAAUGUGGAACUCGCCACCGAAUCGAUUUCAGUGAAGAUUUCUGAGGCAAUUAUGACCCUGCAGGAGGAGAGCGUACAGCUCACAGCACAGAUAUUCCAGUCGUGUGGCACUCCGCGUCCAUCCCGAACCAAACGUUCCCCUCAUCAAGAGCCAAGGAGGACGUUUCAAGUGUACAGCAAUGAGGAGAAGCCCACAUCAGCUGCCGGCACCAACAUAGACAGGCUGGUAAGAACAUAUUGGUCCGUCGUAGCUGCAAUGUCCCAUCUGUCCAUAUCCUCGCCUUAUGUUGUGUCUUCUUCUCGGCAGGUAUCAGACGUGGUGUCCAAACUCCGCCAACUGCGCGGCCUCUGGAAGCUUCUCCCUCUGUCUCUGUGUUCUGAUCACAGGGUCUCUGCCGGUCUCAGCAACCAGGACAAGUGCUGGAACGGACAGACCCGGGGAAGGUAUCUCCCGCAGGUCACAGGUGAUGGAGUCGUAAAUCAGAUCAAUAAUCCGGAGGUGGAGUUACCGAUGUCGCCGCCGGAUCCUAGAACCCGCCAGCUGGGGCUGCAGCUUCGCGUGGUGAGGAGCAAACUGAAAGCGGCGUACAGCGGGAGGGACAGCGAGACGCAGGAUCCCUAUGAUGAAGGCAGCGGAGGCUCUGGUGGGGGGGAACCUGUAACGGAGAAACCCGUCAUCAAAGUCCAGGGAGGUGGCGGAGAGCGAAAGGAGCGACCUGGCAAGGACAAGAAGCAGGGUGCAGGCGGGAGAGGGAGGGGUGGUAGGAAGGGUGGGGGUAGGAACAAUGAUGGGGCAGGAGCGUUGGGGUCCCCCACGUGUGUCAUCAUUCUCAUGACCUUAGUCGCAAGGCUUUUAGUAUCUAUGUGACCUCGACAAAGUGAUUGUAGUCAUCAGGAUUCUGACCAGUGCGGCCUGUGAUCAUAAAAUACAACUUAUUAUUGGAUUCUCCCAUUCCUCACAUUACUGAGAUGGCAAAGCACAUGACAUCCAGUAGUAGAGGAUAUAACGUAUCAUCCAUAGCAGCAGUGCCGACACCAUGUAUGCCCAAGUAGCUGCUAUCCGUAUAUCUGUCACCUUAAAGGGGUACUCCACUGCCCCAGUGUUCAGAACAUUUAGUUCCGAACGCUGGUUGCAGGCUACGGGGGUCGU